UGAACAAAUUUAAGGUUCCUCUGCCACCAUGAAUGACAGGUACCACAGGGCGGCCCGGGACGGCUACCUGGACUUGCUAAAAGAGGCCACGCGGAAGGAUUUGAACGCCCCGGACGAAGAUGGAAUGACUCCGACGUUAUGGGCUGCCUACCACGGCAACCUCGAGGCGCUGCGCCUCAUCGUAGGAAGAGGGGGGGAUCCGGACAAGUGCGACAUCUGGGGGAACACGCCACUCCACCUGGCGGCCGCCAACGGGCACCUGAACUGCCUGUCCUUCCUGGUGUCGUUCGGUGCCAACGUGUGGUGCCUGGACAACGAUUUCCACACGCCGCUGGACAUGGCGGCCACCAAGAGCCACAUGGACUGCGUGCGCUACCUGGACUCCAUCGCCGCCAAGCAGACGGCGCUCAACCCCAAGCUGGUGGGCAAGCUGAAGGACCGAGCCUUCCGCGCCGCCGAGCGCCGCAUCAAGGACUGCGCCAAGAUGCAGCGCAAGCACCACCGGCGCAUGGAGCGGCGCUACCAGCGCGAGGCGUCCGAGGCCUCCGUCUCCGACGCCAUGAGCUUCUCCAGCUACACUAGCAGCACCCUCAGCCGCAAGCUGCCCCUGCCGCACCGCGGCACUGCCACCAUCAGCGUGCCAUACUCUCAGGCCACCCUGCACGCCACCGCCAGGGGCAAAACCAAGAUCCAGAAGAAGCUGGAGAAGAAGAAGCAGGGCGACGGGACCUUCAAGAUCUACGAGGACGGGAGGAAGAGCGUGCGCUCGCUGUCGGGCCUGCAGCUGGGCAACGACGUCAUGUUCCUGAAGCAGGGCACCUACGUCAGCCCGCGGGAGCGUCCGGGCCAGCGGCGCAACAUCCGCGACAUGUUCCCCCGGGACGAGGACGCGGUGUCGCGCGCCCUGAGCGAGCCGGGCCUGCACGCGGCGGCGGGGGGGCCGGGGGGCGACGCGGCGUUCUCCGAGGUCAGCGCCGACUCGGGCCGCGACUCGCUCUUCAACCGGCCGGGUCUGGGCACCAUGGUGUUCCGCCGCAACUACGUGAGCGGCGGGCUGUUCGGGCUGGGGGGGCGGGACGAGGGCAGCGUGGCGGGCAGCGACGUGCUGGAGCGGGCGGCCAGCGUGCGUCUGCGCAGCCGGCUGCGGCGGUCCCCCAGCCUGGACGACAGCAUCGGCAGCGCUGCCAGCCUGCGGGAGCGAAACGAGCGGGAGCUGCCCUGGGAGGAGGCGGAACUGGGCCUGGACGACGACGACGAGCCCGACACCGCGCCGCUCGAGGUCUUCCUGGCCGCGCAGAGCAUGAACGAGUUCGUCCCCAUCUUCCGCAGGGAGAAGAUCGACCUGGAGGCGCUGCUGCUCUGCUCCGACCUCGACCUCAAGAGCAUCCACAUCCCCCUGGGCCCCCGAAAGAAGAUUCUGGACGCCUGCAAGCGCCGGCUGGAGACUAUGGAGGAGCCCGACGGCAUCGAGGAUACAGAGCUGUGA